CCCCCCCCUCCCCUCUCUCUCAUCUUUCUCUCUUUUCUUUUCGCUUUACUGGUUCGGUCUCAAAGAAGCGUUGGAGAGCUUUAAUGGCAGGAAACCUUUUCUUUUGAAUUAGAGGGAGAAGCGAGUGUCUGAAGUUUCCCAGAAAGAAGAUAUAAUGUUCAGGGCAUGAACCUCGGGGAAAGGAUACAUGGCUCCUAAAAAGCUUCCGAUUCAAAAGAGAUCACCAUAAAUAACAAAAACCAGGAACGCAUGCAUAAAUGAGACAGAAAAAAGCGCUUGACCUUCCUGUUUCCACUGUUUUGCAGCACUUUGAAAGUGAGAGGAGAGAGACAGAGGGCUACCCUGUCUGUAGAAGGAGAGAGAAGUCUCUUUGCAAGUGACGCUCAGCUUCACUGUACAUGUCAGAGAGAGAGAGAGCCCAAUUGUCUUUUACGUGAAGCACAGGUCUCUAGAGAGAGACAAAAGAAGAGAGCCAACUGAUUUGCAUUGAGAGAGAGAGAGCGAGAGAGAGUUGGGGAAUGAUUCCUUUUGUUCCUCCCGGCUUCACUUUGCGCGACGGUUACUGCUACAUGAACAACACCACCACCACCACCACCACCACCACACAGUGUUGGGACCAAGGUCGAUAUUUACAAAAGCUGGCCUGUAAAUCAUCAUCUUCUCCUUGUUCGGUGCUCACUCUGUUGAAUGAUGAUAAUAAUAAUAACAGUGAGAAGGUGAAUAUUUGUUGGAGAGAGAAGGAGGCGAAAGCAGCUGCUGCGUCCAAGAGUCACAGUGAUGCCGAAAGAAGACGAAGAGAACGCAUCAAUACCCACCUCAACACUCUCCGAAACCUCCUUCCCAACACCACCAAAACGGACAAGGCAUCCCUUCUAGCCGAGGUGGUCCGGCACGUGAAGGAGUUGAAGCAACAUGCUAAGGGCACAGAGGGCCAUGGCCCAAUUCCCGGAGAGGCGGAUGAGCUCACAGUGGUGCACCCCGAGCCCUCAUCCUCUCUCAUAAUGGCCACUCUAUGUUGUGAGGAUCGGCCGGGCCUCCUCUCCGAGCUCACAAAUGCCUUCAAGGCCCUAAGGCUACGCACAGUCAGGGCCGAGAUCACGACCCUAGGCGGCCGAGUAAAGAACGUGUUCUUUAUUGAUCGUGAGCAUUCUGAGACUAGCCUUAGUUGUUUAGAAGACACGCUCAAGGCCAUCAUGGUCAAGCCUGGCCCUCCCCCUAUAGUGAGGCAUGAGAGCAAAAGGCCACGCAUCAACUACCAUAACAAUGACUUCAUGGUGUAAAUUUGGUCUACUGGGGGCGGUCAGGGCUUUAGAUCAAUCGCUAGUCCUCUUUUAUUCUUUUUGUUUUUGAGGGUUAUGGUUAUGUUUUUUCUCCUCUUUUAUUCUUUUUGUUUUUGGGGGUUAUGGUUACGUUGCAGUCUUUGUGGGUAGUUUAGUGGAAAAGGAUUUUAUACCUUUAUUAAGAAUGGAACUCGAGACAUCAUGUUUGUCA